AUGGGAAAGGAAAAGACCCAUGUCAACAUCGUCGUUAUUGGACACGUCGACUCCGGCAAGUCAACCACUACUCGUCACCUGAUCUACAAAUGUGGUGGAAUCGACAAAAGAACCAUCGAAAAAUUUGAGAAGGAAGCUGCUGAGAUGAGGAAGGGCUCCUUCAAGUAUGCCUGGGUCUUGGAUAAACUGAAAGCUGAACGUGAGCGAGGCAUCACCAUUGACAUAUCCUUAUGGAAAUUUGAGACCAGCAAGCAGUGGACAAAAAGGCUGCUGGAGCUGGCAAAGUCACCAAGUCAGCUCAGAAAGCUAAAUGAAUAUUACCUUUAA